CCUUGGGUUAGCGACCAUGAACAUCUUCCGACUAUCAGCAGACUUGGCUCAUCUAGUCGCUAUCAUAAUCUUGCUUCACAAAAUAUGGAGGUCAAGGAGUUGCGAAGGUCUGUCUGGUCGAUCUCAAGUUCUUUUUGCUAUCGUUUUCAUAUCUCGAUAUCUGGAUUUGUUCACAAACUUCAUCUCCGUGUACAAUUCUGUUAUGAAGGUAAUUUGGCUCUCUUAUGUUUGUUUUGAAUAUUUUUGCAUUAGCAGUGCAUGUGCUGAGCCUCGUUUAAAUAUGACUUCUUUUAUGUGUUCUUCCUUGCUUCAUCAAUCGGAACCGUCUACCUGAUG